AUGACCUCGACUACAUACUUCGGCCGUGCCAAGCACGACAGCCGACGACUUGGGGCCGAUUUUGACCUUCUCGCCAAGUGGACGCGUACAUUCUCUCUUGGCCACCCGAUCCACUCAUACUACCUGACGCAACUCUCGGAUGAGGAUCGAGCCCAGCUGUUUACCGGCCCGGCUCAAGAGUUUCGACUGGAGGAGGGUCCGAACAACACGGUGAAGCUUGAGACCCUUCAAGAUGAAGUCAAUCGAAUCGACCCCGAGGUCAUCGACAUGAUGAAAUCGGCGAACUACCAGCGAACAGAGGCAAGACGUCUGGAAUUGCUGGCCGAGAUUGAGGAUGCACAGGACGACGCGGGCGGCGCUGCAGCGUUGGCGCUAUCCAAUGCAAUUCUUCGAGGCAUGGAUGGUCCGCCAGCUGAGAAGCUCGCUAAGCAAGUUGCCGACAAGAUUCUCGACUCCGCAAGCGCUAAAGUAAAGGCUCGCUGGAAGGCUGCGAGAGAUGAGCGCUUGAAGCGCCUUGACGAAGAGACAUUUCAUCCGCCCCAGAACAUUCAUGUCAACAAGGACACGGCUGAGACGACCACAACGACAAUAAUCAGUCAUGGGCCUGAAUUCAUUGCUCGCUGGAACGCCGCUACGCGCGAGCGACUGAUGAACGAGGGCUUCAAAGUUCCAACCUUUCCGCAGCUUGCCAGCAUCAUGCCGGAAUGCAUCAAGUCCGACAAAGCAGUUUUCGACAUGAACUUCAGCACAACCGUCCCCUCCCACUCUGCCGACAUUGAUAAGAGCCAGAUUACCCCGCAGCUCAAGCAUGCUGCUAAGUUCAUUACCUCGCCGCACGGCUCCAUUCCGGACUACGGCAGCGAGACCUCGUCGGACUCUGCUCAUUGGAACAGCCCUAGAUGCUCUGCAGACGAGAGCUUGUCGUCUCCUGACCUCGAGUCGGUCACCGGUCUCUAUGAUGAUUCAAAUGGCGGUGUCGCCUUGCUCCCGUCCAGCCUCGCCGAUGAGCUCGGCCCAACUUCGGCACCACGUUCUUUCCCUUCGCAUGCUCAGACGCACGGAGGCCGUCUCGGCACCGGUCUGAGCCAGCCACUUUUCUCGUUUCCUGCUUUUGACCAUGCCCUCAAGCCCACCGACUCAGUGGCCGUCACGACCUAUUCCACGCACUCUUCGUCGAGUCCCUUUUCGCCGAAUUCCAAGACCAGCAAGUUCCCGGUGGCCAAAGAACAGCCUUGGAUGGGCUUCACGUGCUACGAAAUUGGGUUUAAGUUCGGCCCUGACCAGCUUGUUCCCAAGUACUGGACCACGAAGCGCGGCAAAGAGCGCUAUCUUCGGCACAAGCUCGGCGAGUUGAAGCUCGACGACGCCAAACUGCGCUGUGAUCGCUUUUCGGGUUCCGUCGCGCGGAACCCUGUUCACAUCUUCAUCGACCUCUCCAAUAUCAUCAUUGGUUUUUACGACAGCAUGAAGGAGAGCCGCGGCAUCGCGGUGAACAAGCGUGUCAUGGCUCCUCCCUUCUCGUUCAAGAACUUCGACACAAUCCUCACUCGCGACCGAAAUGUUGCGAAAAGGAUUGUCGCAGGCUCUCUGGCUAACUCGUACAACAAACGCUGGCCUGCAUAUAUGGUACAGGCUCAAGAGCUCAAGUACGAGAUGAACAUCCUGGAGCGCGUUCCCAAGCCUGCACUUUCACCUGUGCGCAAGCGUAAGGCAAAGGUGGGAACCCGUGACCCGGAUGCUCAUACAUCUGGAGCUGAGACUUCUGGCGAGGAUUGCUUCAUGGGACUACCGAUGAAGAACGGAGAGCAGGGUGUGGACGAGCUGCUGCACCUCAAGAUUCUCCAGAGCGCCAUGGACACGCCCUACCCUGCCACCAUGGUGCUCGCCACUGGCGAUGCUGCAACUGCCCAGUAUUCGGACGGGUUUAAGAAGAACAUUGAGCGAGUACUGGCUGUCGGCUGGAACAUUGAGUUGUACGGCUGGAGUCGCAACAUCUCGUCCGCCUGGCGGGAACCCGAGUUUGCCAAGCGAUGGGGCCACCAGUUCAAAAUCAUUGAGCUCGACCACUUCUGCGAGGAGCUUUUUGACAUGACCCUCGAGUCAUUGGAGCAUUGA